UAUCUCAACAUGCACCACAUACACACAAAAUCAAAUAACUAGACAGAAAUUGGUUAAUUUGUAAGUGUGACGACCCAAACUAAAAACAAACAUGAAUGCACUCAAACUAUGCAGAGCUACUAGCGAUCAUUAUUCUUCAUUCCUUUCAAAUCAUAAUUUGGUGGACACUCGAAUCAAGAGUAAUGCGAAGACGACUAGCGUUAUUACAACUACUCGUAGAAAUAAUGCGAGGUUUGCAGUAAUGAUUAGAGCUAGUAGCGGUAAUGUUGAUGGGCAAGAAGAGAAAAAGAGUAGCUCGGAGAAACGAACUUUCUUGACCCUAGAAGAAGCUGGCCUUGUUGAGAUGUCUGGUUUGAGCUCUCAUGAAGGCUUUUUAUGUCGCUUGACGAUAUCGUCUCUAAAUCUGCUAAGGGUGAUAGCAGAGCAAGAAGGUUGUAGCAUCGAGGAACUAAACGCGGGGAGGAUUUGUGAUUGGUUUUUGAAGGACAAAUUAAAAGGACAGCAGAAUUUGGACCCUGUUCUUCAAUGGGACGAAUCGAAUUUCCAGUUAUAAUAAUUUAAUUAAUUCACACAAUUUUUUUGACCCGACCCAGCUGCAUGCUCUCUCUAUAUAAUCAAAACAUGUACUCGAUCUAUCUUUCUCACAUUAUACAGUAUGUAAUAAUUAAUUCACUUCAAUAAGGGGUAUUUAAUUUGUACCACA